CUGGUAAUAACAGGCCAGUCCUGCUUCCCCACCUCUCUAUCCUGUAUUUGCAAGCCGUUCUCUGACCUACGUUUCCUCCCUUCAAACCCGAAGCUAAAGAAGAAGAGAGAAAGUGAGAAACCAACCGAUCGAUCGAUCGAUCGAGAUAGAGAAAGAGAAAUCAAGAACACUAUGGGGCAUUGGAUUUUCUCGGCGAGCAUAGUGGCGACCUCUGCUGUCGUCCUUUCCGCAGCCUUGGCGCUCUGGCUGGCCACUCCGACGGUGGCGAAUUUUCUCGUCGCCGGGGCCCCGCAGCUCUAUGGAUCCGUCGCCUCCUGGCUCACCCCGCCUUAUCUCUACUUAAUCGUCAACGGCAUAAUAAUCUCCAUCGCCGCCACUUCCCGGUACCAGAAAACUGUCGCAGCCGACGCCCAGCUAUCCCCGUUCUCACAGCAGGCGGACUUCCGCGUCGAGGAUGCCGAUUUGCUAGCGGAGGUACAAGAUCUGCGAAUCCUCGGUGACGAGAGCUUGUCCGACCCGGCGAAAGAAGAGUUCGUGAUAUCGAGCUCGAGCUGGUCACCAAAAAUGGAAGAAAGCAAGGAUCCACUGGAGAAAUCCACCGGAAAAGGCUUGCUAGUGAAUAAGCCGCUUGUCUCCGCCCGGCUUGGCCACCGUAGGAGCAUUAAGUCCAUCCCAGAAGGCAAAGCAUUGGGAGUGGCGCGGCCGCGGAAGAACGAGACCCUCGAGAGCACAUGGCGAAGCCUCACCGAAGGCCGAGCGGUGCCACUCGCUCGACAUCUCAAGAAAUCCGACACGUGGGGCACACACGCUCGUGCUACCGCCGGCGGCGAUCCCACGACGCCGCCGGUGAUCCAUGAGAUUCAACAUUUCGAGUCCUUUACUUCUCGCUCCUCCUACGCUGCCACCGGCUCACAGCCACCGUCCUCCGGGCGUGGUUACUCAUCUCCGGUGGCAAAGCUCCGGCGAGAAUCGUCUCUGGGACAGGACGAUCUUAACCGCCGCGUGGAGGCCUUCAUCAAGAAAUUCAAUGAGGAGAUGCGGCUCCAGCGGGAGGAAUCUCUGCAGAAGUACAAGGAUAUGAUCAACCGCGGUAGCCAUUAAUUAACUUGGAUGAAAAACGAAAUUUUUGAUCCACUCAAGGACAAUAAGGUUGGUUUGUUUUGAUCUCCCAAUUUUAUUCCCCUUGUUCAUGAUGUUGAUCCGGAUGCUGAUUUAUGUAAAUUUUGGAAUUUGGGGAAGACUGUUUUUAAAGGAUAUUGAUAAAUUAGAAGUUCUUUUGAUACAUAGGCUUAAAAAUUCUCUAGGAAUAUUUUUAUAGGACAUGGUAGAGAUGGAAAUUAGUGAACAUUUGUUAACUUUUGUAAGAUUUUGUUAUUUAAUUCUCCUCUAGUUUUAAUUAA